AUGUUGCACGAGGGUUUAGUUAAUGAUAUAAUGAGCUAUCAUUUUAUUGCUGUUAACCCACCGACCCCGUGCUUGGGGGGACCCUCGCUUUUGCAUGUCUAUUUUAAGAGUCCACUUCUGAUUCUUGGUUUCCUAAUACGUCUUUUCAUUUUUUGUGCUUCUCCCUUUGCUCGUACUGCUGGUUUUAGAGUUGUAGAAUUUGUAGCCGUAGUUAUAUUAAGCAUGGGUGUAGAUAAAAAAAUAAGUUCUCUAGAAGAUUUUUUCAAACGUGUUUCUUUUCCACUUCAACCACUUCACUAUGAAACGAAACUGGUAUUAGACACAUUUUUGGACAAAGGUGGGUUUCUCAACAUAUGCGAUAUGACGUUUGGUUCCCCUUUCCACGACGGACGUAGAAGUGGAGCGGGUGAAUUAUCAUGGAUGGAUGUUGCAAACUCAAACCCCAAUGGUAAAACAGCGCUCGCACUAUUUCGAUUCUUGGCUCCUGGGGGCUAUUUCUGUUACUUGCUGGAGGCCCUGUCGCUUCCGCAACAUGACUUUGCUGUAAAGCUAAAGAAAUCUUGGAAGGGAGACGCUGAAACCGAAAUAGAAACUGGCUCGUACCUCCGUUAUUUUGACUUUCCGUUUUCCACCUUCCAUCCCACGUUUCAUGAGCUGUUUGAGGAGGCACCCGAAGCCAACUUGUUUGACCUUCCACGUUCCCGCUGCCCCCCAUUAAUGCUUGUACCGUUCUGGGCACCACCACUCGUGACACGACUGGAACCGAGCAGUAGGCGUGUUUUGACUUCCCUUCGGUGUUCGCCAAUUUCUUAUUUCAUUUUGCGUAUGCUACUCUACGGCGUCCGCCGUACAGAGGAAUGCUGUAGCGACGUUGUGAGGCUACCUCGAAUAAAUGCUAUGGGAGGAAAAAUCAAUGUAUUUUUCAAGGCAGUUGUUCGUUUAUUUAAAGGUUCAUAUAUUACGGGGUUGCCUUUAUACCACCGGUUGUUGACUGCUUACAUUCAAUAUUUUGUAUCGUCAACUUGCAUUCAGAAACUUAGUUCCAAGCGUUCUUUCGGAGAUAUUCAGUGGUCGGUAUCAGACGUUACGGCUGCGUUGCUUUUAUCGGCACCAAGUCAUCUCUGGGCGAGGAGUGUAAGUAAGGUAGACCGUGAGAAACAUCGACUUUCUUGCAGAGACGUUGCUUCGGCUGCGCUGGUAUUCAGACUAGUUCCUUUUUUGACAGAGUGCCUUUUCGCACUUUGUCAGAAAGAUCGCGGGAGAAUUUAUACAAGCUGUUGGGAAGGUGAUAAUGCAGUGAGAAAAGAUUUUUGUGAUUCUCAUAUUACCCCUGCGGUGUGGGAUGUGCUUAAUCCCCACAUUUCGUUUUAUCGAAAUACUCUAAGUGUCUUGCGUCAAGCACUGAUCUCAUUUGAGAAUUACGAUGACUGCAGAAGAGAACACUUUAACAAUGCACUUGAGCUGUGGUAUGCCGUGGUGAGUCCUACAGGACGUGUGGAUGAUGUAAGCGAGUCGUACGUUGUUCAUCAUUAUGAAGCUUAUAGUUUUAUCCUGUUUGACGUCAUUCUCAUGUUCUUGAGAAGCAGCUUUUUGGAAGCUAUCGACGUUACAGGAGCGACGAUUUGGUCACGGUGUGUUGAAGUAUUCACAUCCACAGCGGUACAAAACGUGUUUCGUGAAGUGAGUAACGCUACUACUAAUGCAAGAUGCGGUAUCAUCGAAACAAUCUGUCGCUACUUUACUCUAAAUUGGAUGGGCGAAGAUGGAAUAGUGCGAAUAAUGAAACCACACGCCGAGGAAACGCUUCAUUUUCUUGCCGAAGUUUAUCUGGCUACGGAGGUGCGGCUGGGGGAGGAUGGUAUAAGCGAUGAUACAAAGUGUUCAUUGCGUUUAUCUCUUGAUUAUCUUGCGAAAUCUUUUGACGGAAUAAUACGUGUGGUUGACGAACGACGCUCCUCUCGCGUGUCCAGAUUAACGGCAGCGACGAGCGCUUCCUCACGUCCUUCUGGUGAAGGAGAAUAUACGGAUCGUGUGGGGGACAGUAAGGAUCUUUAUUUUCGUGGUACUCGGAUGUCGUGCAAAUUUUCGGGACCUGUAGAUGUAAGAUUCAAUGCUGAAAACGAGGGUAUUCCUUUCUAUGCCCAGUCUUCUAAUGCUGGUUUCAGUGACGAAUUUCCACAUUUGGUCACUUUAACGGAGUGGAUGGAGACAGCCCUCGUUUUUGUUUUUGAGUUAUACUACAAGUCAUGGAUCCCACAAUGCAGCAACGGACACAAGCUCUGGCUUCUCUCAUCAGACAAACAUUGUUGUGUGAACCAUCCUCAACAGUCAGCAAUUUGGGAAUGUUUCCUUUGUGAAGAGGUUUACGGUUCGUGUUGCCGCAGUAAACCCCGUUGUCCCAGAGGGGGUUCGCUCACCAGGACAGAAAUCAGUCAAUCUAUUUCUUUUCCUUAUUGUAACCAGUGUUUCGUGAUGUUCAAACUAGGCUCGGUCGCAUACAAUAAGCCUCAAUCCGAUACACUUUUCUGUUCGAACUGCGCAUCUCGACCGUUUAAAAGAAUAAGCUGCCGUUUUUUUGCAUCUCAUAUUGUAGUGGUGUUGUGUAUUAUUGUAAGCUUAAUGGUGUUUCUAUUUUUUACCAUAUGA